AUGACCUGCAAUGCUACCCUGGCAGAGGCGGCGCCAGGGAAAACCGUGUUGGGGUUUGUCGGUAUCGGCAUCAUGGGCCUGGCCAUGACUCGCAACCUGAUCAAGGCGGGCUACGAAGUGGUGGUAUGGAACCGCAACCCCGAGAAGUGCAAGCCGCUGGAGCAGGAGGGCGCUAGGGUGGCCUCCAGUCCCCGAGACGUGGUCAGCGCAGCCACGUACACAUUCGCUAUGCUGUCCGACCCGGAAGCGGCGUUGGAUGUGGCGUUGAGGCCUGAUGGCGUUGUGGCGGGCAUUUCUCCCGGCAAAGGCUACAUCGACGUCAGUACAGUGGACGCGGCCACGUCCCGUACAAUUGCGGCUGCCGUACGGUCAGCCGGGGGAGGCUUUCUAGAAGCGCCUGUGUCUGGUAGCAAGGGCCCAGCUGAGCAGGGGAAGCUUAUCUUCCUGACGGCGGGCGAUGAGGAUUUGUUCGCUGCGGUGUCGGCCCCUCUUGACGUGAUGGGCAAGGCCAAGUUCUUCCUGGGCCCGGAAGGGGCAGGAGCGCACAUGAAGCUUGUGGUCAACAUGGUGAUGGGCGCCAUGAUGACCAGCUUCGCGGAGGGUCUUGCGCUCGCCGACAAGGUCGGCCUCAAGCACCAGGACGUGAUUGACGUGGUAGCGCUGGGCGCCAUCGCCGCACCGAUGUUCGCCCUCAAGGGUCCCGCCAUGGCGGCUCGUUCCUACAACCCCGCAUUCCCGCUCAAGCACCAGCAGAAGGAUAUGCGGCUGGCGCUGGCGCUGGGGGACGAGGUGGCUCAGCCACUGCCCAUGGCCGCCGCAGCUAACUCGCUGUACAUCGCCGCGCGCCGCCAGGGGCUAGGGGACAUGGACUUCUCUGCCGUGAUGGAGGCUGUCGCAGCCCAGGAGGCCGAUACCAAGAAGCAGUAA